CGCUCCAGUUUCUCUCCCACCGCCCAUAUUGGAAACCAAAAUUAGUCCUCCAUUUUCCUUUCUUUAAGCAUUUCAAAAAACCAUGUCGACGAUAAAACCAGACACCACCCAGAAAACCUCCUCCAUCUCCCAGGAAAACAUGGACCAACUUCAAAAAGUGUUCAACCAAUUCGACGCCAACAAGGAUGGCAAGAUCUCGGUAACGGAACUCGGCGACGUAUUGAAAACAAUGGGUUCUAGCUACACAGAGGAGGAACUUAAACGUGUCAUGGAAGACAUCGACACCGACAAAGACGGCUUCAUCAACCUCUCUGAAUUCUGCUCCCUCUGCCGCUCAUCUUCCGAUGCUGUCACCGCCGCCUCGGAGCUACGCGACGCUUUCGAUUUGUACGAUCAGGACAAGAACGGCCUGAUUUCGGCGAACGAGUUGCAUUUGGUUUUGAAUCGGUUGGGGAUGAAGUGUCUGCUUGAUGAUUGUGUCAAGAUGAUCACGUCCGUUGAUUCCGACGGUGAUGGAAAUGUUAAUUUCGAGGAGUUUCAGAAGAUGAUGAGUGCUUCGAUGCCCGGUAAUGACAACGGAUCUAAGCCGUAGGAUUGAAGCUUUACGACGAUGAAUGAUUAAUUGAUGCCCGGUAAUGACAAACGGAUCUAAGCCAUAGUAUUGAAGCUUUUCGAUGAUGAAUGAUUAAUUCAGAUGACAUGGAUCAAAAGUAAUGUUUAGGGUUCUUCUUUAGGUUGUUUUCAUAAAUAAUUUCUCCAACAUAUGAAAUUUACCGUACUUGUUGGAUUCUCAACUUUGUUGAAUGAAAUGAAACUUGGCCUGCUUGCAAUUUCCGAA